CUCCCCCCAUUCAGCCACUAGCUGUAAUGUUCCUGUGUGUUUACUACUGUAUUUAGGAUAAGGACACGGUCACGUAUAUGUCCUGAGUCCUCAGCAAAAAGUCUCGGUUUUAGAUUUUUUUUUAAACACCUUUUUAGGAAUCCAUCAUGCCCAAAAGAAAGCAACAGGGUGCUGAGGGUGAUGCAAAGGAAGAGCCCCAGAGAAGAUCUGCACGGUUAUCUGCAAGACCAGCUCCUCCCAAGCCUGAACCAAAGGCAAAAAAGGCAACUAAGAAAGACAAAGUGGUUAAAGACAAGAAAGAGGACAAAAAAAACAAGGGGAAGGCCAAGGAGUCUACAGAGCCAGAGGCAAAUGAGGAGAACCACUCAGAAAACGGCGAUGCCAAGAGCAACGCGGCUGAGGAGACUCCAGCAGAAAACAAGGAGGAAGCAAAAUCUGAGUAGCACCACUGCCUCACUUCAGCUGUCUCUCCCUGUCCAGUUCCCAUUUUUUCUUCCACCCCUCAAAAGCGCUCUCACUCAUGCUGUUGCCCCUCUCUUCAAGGCAUAUUGUUAACAGAGGAAUAUUUUUAUCAAUGAUUUUAUAAGUAUCAGUACAGAUUUUUAGCACAAACUAAAGCUGAAUACCUUACCUUGCAGAUCUGCAACAGUAAAAUUUAGUUUCUGCAAGAUGAACACACUAAAUUCUUUUUUUAAAAUGUCAUUGUGAGUGUUGAUAGCUUGUUUGGUUUAGUAAGAGCAUAAAUGCUUCUACAGUUUUGAGUGCUUAUCCUAUUUUUGGUCCCCCCGGUCUUCCCCUUUUCUCCCCCGUGUCCGACCUAUAUUACCAUAUAACAAGUGAUACAUUUUUUGCUCUCUUUUAUUUUUUAUUUUUUUUUUUUUAAACCUUAUAUAUGUGCAGUGAGUCUACUUUCUUUUAUCUCUUGUACUAGAUUUUUUUUUUCCACUUCAGUGUAGGAUGGAGGAAUACCAGAAAAAAACAUCUAAAAACAUUCCAGGGCAGAGAUACAUGGCCUGAUCUUUUACAAUCUACCCUGCAUUAGUUCAAAAACAAUGUUUUAUCAAGAGCAGCUCACCCAAGACUAUGCUGUUAUGUGAAAUUUUCUAAAUGAUAAUUUUUAGGAUGAAAUUCUAAUCUUUACUGAAGUAUGCAGGUGUUCAUGUACCCUAGCUGACGUUCUGGAUGUCUCUUAAUAAAUGAAAACCUUCGAAUUUUCCUCA